GCCGGUCUUGUGCGUGAGGGCCGGCCGUCCGUCCGUCCGUCCGCCCGCCGAACGGUUUCCCGGCGCGGAGGGACUCGACGGCCACUUGAGUGCCUUUCCUCCAAGAACCUCAAGGUGCUCUUCAGAACCCGUCUGCCACACAGGCCAGAUUCUUCACAAGAAUCCUCUGAGAUGCCAGCCAGCUGUCAGUCAUGAAGAAUGGUAAAGCUCCUGUAUCUGAUGGCAUACCUGUCAAUAUUUACAAGCAGGGAGAGGUCGCACUACUUAGAUGUUUGCGUGGGCCUUUCAACAUAUGGAACACUGAGGAAAUAUCGUAGCAUUUCAGGAAGAAAGCAAUGGCUGCCAUCCGGAAAAAGUUGGUUAUAGUUGGUGAUGGUGCUUGUGGGAAGACCUGUCUGCUGAUCGUAUUUAGCAAAGACCAGUUCCCUGAGGUCUAUGUUCCCACGGUGUUUGAAAACUAUGUAGCUGAUAUCGAAGUGGAUGGGAAACAGGUGGAAUUGGCUUUGUGGGAUACAGCCGGUCAAGAAGAUUACGAUCGUCUUAGGCCUCUUUCCUACCCAGAUACGGAUGUUAUACUUAUGUGUUUUUCAAUUGAUAGUCCUGAUAGUUUAGAAAAUAUCCCGGAAAAAUGGACCCCUGAGGUGAAGCAUUUCUGCCCUAAUGUACCCAUCAUUCUGGUAGGAAACAAGAAGGACUUGCGGAAUGAUGAGCACACAAGGCGGGAGCUGGCUAAGAUGAAGCAGGAACCAGUGAAACCCGAAGAAGGCAGAGAUAUGGCGAACCGGAUUGGUGCAUUUGGAUACAUGGAGUGUUCAGCAAAGACCAAAGAUGGUGUGAGGGAAGUUUUUGAAAUGGCUACAAGAGCGGCUUUGCAAGCCAGACGUGGCAAGAAAAAGUCCGGGUGCCUUGUCUUGUAAAAUGUGGCAGAGAGCACAGCCCUUGCCUGGUUAACUUUUGAAGUGCUGUUUAUUAAUCUUAGUGUAUGAUUACUGGCCUUUUUCAUUUAUCUAUAAUUUACUUGAGAUUUACAAAUCAUCUUGCUACCAGUAUUUAGAAGCCAAUCAUGAUUGUUAACAGCAGUCUGCAUCCAGUACAUCUGUGCACUCCAGGGUCAUUUUGACAGUCCUGUAACAAACCCCCCUCUCACUCCCACCCAACACGCCAGGCACUAAUUCAAGAGAAUUCUUUCAUUUCUUGCUUUUUAGGAGGAGAGUAAAGCUGGUAACUUGUGGAUUGGGCUGUAACUAUUUUAUAAUUAACCUGUCCUAUUGUCAUCAGCUGCAAGGCACUCUGGGGACCGGAGGUACUUCAGAGCAGUGUCUUUUGUACGGUUUUUCAUUGGUGUAGCUCUGGGGUAUUCAAUUGUGUGAAAAUGUAGUCAGCCUGAAAGGACUGAUCCCUAGGCAGCUGUGGAAAAGUUACAGUUCUGUGGUUUCAUAUUAGUUAUCUUAUAGUUACUGUGUAAUUAGUGCCACUUAAUGUAUGCUACCAAAAAAUAAAUAUAUUUACCCCAGUUUAGAUGUAGUAUUUUUGGUAUAAUUGGAUUUCUUAAUACUUACACUUGUAAUCUCUGCAGAAAGUGGUUUUGGCUUUUUGGUGGGUUUUUUUUUUCUUUAAGAAAGUGUAUUUGAAAGUAGUCAAAUGGAAAAGAGCAUUUAAAACCCCCUUUUGCCAGUUUCUUCAAAGAGAGACGGCCAUUCAGAUCCUUCUCAGACAUCCCAGUUUGUCUACUCCCCCUGGCACCAAUACGGCAGCACCUGCCUGCCCCUGGAGCUUUGCUAAAUGAAUGAGAACUUUGUUUCACCAUUUAGGUGUUUGGCCAUUUCAGAAGUUUGCUCAGUUGCCUCCCAUUCAGAUCGCUGAAUUCUUUGAGCUAUGAGUUAUCUCCACCGAUGGCCAAAAUCUUUACUCAACAGAUUUCUCAUUCCAGCUGACUAAACUCUUCUUUUUCUGUAUCAGUUAAUUUUUCCAACUACUAAUAGAAUAAAGGCAGUUUUCUAAAA